CCCGCACCCUACCUCCCGGCCCUGCCGGGGCCCUCUCCGCGCUCUCCGCACUUCGGAGCGGCGGGGGCGCACGGGGACUGACCCGGACGGCGCGAUGGAGUCGAGUGGAGGCCGCGCGGAGGGCUCGGGCCGCGGCCCGCGGGUGCUGGUGGUGGGCAGCGGCAUCGCGGGGCUGGGCGCCGCGCAGAGGCUCUGCCGCCACCCGGCCUUCCAGCAGCUGCGGGUCCUGGAGGCCACUGCCCGCGCCGGCGGCCGCAUCCGCUCGGAGCGCGGCUUCGGUGGCGUGGUAGAGCUAGGUGCUCACUGGAUCCACGGGCCCUCACAGGGCAACCCCGUCUUUCAGCUGGCUGCCAAGUACCAGCUGCUAGGGGAGAAGGACUUGUCAGAGGAGAACCAGCUAAUCGAAACUGGGGGUCAUGUGGGCCUGCCAUCUGUGUCCUACGCCAGCUCUGGGGUAAGUGUGAGCCGUGAGUUGGUGGUGGAGAUGGCUAGUCUGUUCUAUAGUCUCAUAGACCAGACUCGGGAGUUCCUGCACAUGGCUGAUGCCCCAGUGCCCAGCGUUGGGGAGUACCUCAAGAAGGAGAUCUGUCAGCACGCGGCUGGCUGGACAGAGGAUGAGGAGACCAGGAAGCUCAAGCUGGCCAUCCUCAACAGCUUCUUCAAUGUGGAGUGCUGUGUGAGCGGUACCCAUAGCAUGGACCUGGUGGCCCUCGCACCCUUUGGGGAGUACACCGUGCUGCCGGGGCUGGACUGCACCUUUCCUGGUGGCUACCAGGGGCUCACAAAUUGCAUAAUGGCCUCCUUGCCAGAGGACGUGAUCGUUUUUAACAAGCCUGUGAAGACCAUUCACUGGAACGGGUCCUUCCAGGAAGCCUUGUCUCCUGGGGAGAGGUUUCCAGUGCUGGUGGAGUGUGAGGACAGAACCUGCUUCCCUGCACAUCACGUCAUCAUCACCGUGCCCUUAGGUUUUCUUAAAGAACACCUGGACACCUUCUUUGAACCAGCACUGCCCCCUCAGAAGGCAGAAGCGAUCAGGAAAAUAGGCUUUGGGACCAGCAAUAAGAUCUUCCUGGAGUUUGAGGAGCCCUUCUGGGAGCCAGACUGCCGGCACAUCCAGGUGGUGUGGGAGGACAUGUCACCCCUGGAGGACGUCACCUGUGGCCUGCAGCACGUCUGGUUCAAGAAGCUUAUUGGCUUUUUCGUCCUGCCUUCCUUUGCGUCUGUCCACGUCCUCUGCGGGUUCAUCGCUGGGCUGGAGUCUGAGUUUAUGGAGACGCUCUCUGAUGAGGAAGUGCUCCUGUCUCUGACCCAAGUGCUUCGCAGGGUGACAGGAAAUGCCAGGCUCCCUGCGCCCAGGAGCGUGCUGCGGUCCUGCUGGUACAGCGCCCCGUACACCAGGGGCUCCUACAGCUACGUGGCUGUGGGCAGCACUGGGGACGACAUCGACCUGCUGGCGCAGCCCCUGCCCGAGGAGGGCGCGAAGGCGCAGCUCCAGAUACUGUUUGCAGGGGAAGCCACACAUCGGACAUUUUACUCCACCACGCACGGGGCUCUGCUGUCUGGCUGGAGGGAGGCCGACCGGCUCAUCGCUCUGCAGGACCCCCAGGCGCAGCUGCCGGGGCCCUGGCUCUGAGCCCUGCUCCUCCCAUUCUGAGCCCAGCACUGCCCCACCAGUGCUGGGGGGGUGGGGGGGGUGGGGAGGGUGACAUCAUCCUUUCCUCUGACAGUGUCUGGCCUGGCUUGAGAUUUGGGGAUGUUAAUGACAGCCUGCCUUUUUUGGUGACUGGGGGCAGCUCUGAUUUUUCAUGUCACUGAGUCUGGCCAGGGCCCAGCUUGAGCUGAGUGCGAGGUCUUCUUGGAGAAAUGAGACACGGGACAACACCACUGCUGCUGAGGGCAUGCACAUAAAGUUGUUAAAGCCUCC